ACGAACAAGAGUACAUCGAUAUUGAUACAGCCAGUGUUUUGCAGUGCUUUAAAAUGCUGUCAAAAUGCUGUCAAAUUACAAUUGUUUCAUGUGAUGUGUUUUAUUAAUAAAGACAAAUCGUAUGUGUUGAUGUAGAACAUAUUUAUAUUAUAUUGGGCGUUUUAUUCAAUUGAUUUAGUGACUGUUAAGCGCACACCGUCUAACAUAGUCGAGAUUGAGCCGAUCGAGCGCGAAACAUCGGUUUUCAUUAAAAUGGCUGUCAAAGAGAGACAAAACGAAACCUCGUUCGACGAGAUUGAAUGGAACGUGGAAAACGAAAUUCAACUUUUUUUCGCCAUGAACGGACACAAGCCAGUUGGUAUCAAUAAAUAUUUCCACAUGGUGUGUAUAUGGGAAAAAUUUCGUGCUGCUAUUCAUAAAGAUGUUCCAUUAAAAAUAAUUUGGGAUCACUUGGAAUCCAUGUACGACCUUGUGUCUUUGGACGAUAUGGAAGGUUUACCUUUUCCUGGUCACGAGAUAGAUUUUUCCUUACCGGAGACUGAAUUUAUAGGAAAGCCGCGGAAGAAGGAAGAAUUAGAGAUAAAAUUGAAAGAUCAGAGGGAUAAAUACAAAGAAAUUAAAAAAGAAAAAGACAUUAAAGAGAGUUUUAAGAAAGAUAGUAUGUUACGUGAUUUUAAAGGAAUCAAAGAUGUGGAAAAGAAAAAAGAAGAGAUGAAAAAAAAUGUGAAGGAGAUAGAAAUGAAAAAGGAUAAAUUUAAGGAUAUGAAAGAGACAAGGAAAGAAUAUAAAUCAUCAAAAGGACGUUCAAAAGGGAAAGCAGAAGAGAGUGCAUCAAACGGAAAGAAGGAGCGUAAAGAAUCCGAAUCUAGUCGCGAGCUCGCGAAAAGGAUUCCAAAGAGACCAACUAGACAAAGUGUGGAUAGUUCUUCCAAAGCUUCUUCCAGUCCGCGCGAUACACCUCCGCCAAAACGAAGACGAAUAUAACAGUUAUUAUAAAUUAAAAAGAUAUUGUUGCAUGUCUAAAAACUUUAGUUAUAUA